AUGUUCACCUCUAAAGGCCACUGUACGUGGGCCUUUAUUAUGGACCGCCUAUUUCCAGCUUAUCAGACAGUGUACGCCGUCACUGGUCCACUUCUUGUGAUGAAGAAUGUGAAAUUCCCUGUAUUCGGAGAAAUCGUUCGCAUAACUCUCAGGGACGGUACGAAUCGGAUGGGGCAAGUGUUAGAAACAAGUGGUGAGAAAGCUGUUGUUCAGAAAAUCGCGAUAUUUUCUGGCGCUGGGUUGCCACAUAAUGAAAUUGCCGGACAAAUAGUUCGACAGGCUGGCAAGUUUUUCUGUGUUCUAAAAUUUCAGGCUCCUGUCAUUCGCUACUGUGACACCUCAGCAGGACUACGUUCUCACCACUACUGA